CGUCCGCGUCCGUCAACAUCCCACUUAACGUUUUUUUUUCUUUCGGUUUCUAGCGCACACGAAGGCUGCGACUCGGCUUCACACACACAUGCAAACACUCGGCUAUUUAUCACAUUUGAAAGCCGCCAUUACAAUAACACAAAACGGGAGCAGAGCGUAGACGACGAUAUUAUUAUCCACCCAACGGCGACGACAUCGAUACCAACACCAACAAACGUCGUAAAACAGGCGCGCGUGUUCGUCGUCGUGGCAGCCCCUCGAAACCCACACACACGCACACACACACACACACACACACAUACACAGUCGCUCAUUUGUACACUUGAACACAUACUAAGGCGCACAUCGGCUCCAACCAACUCUUCCGCCCAACCACCGCCCCUCCCCUAACCGACAGCCCAAAUCUGCCGCCCUGUCCGCUAACAGUUCGGUUUUCGUGAUCGUGCUCUCGUUCGUGCCCGACGUCGUCGCGACUCUGCCAGCGGCAGCAGCAGCAGCGACAGCAACAAAUAUUAACAUUCAGGGACAACGACAACACGGCGACGGCGUCUGCGUCGACAUCCCUACGUUUCAGUUCUGAUUGGAGAUUCGUGCGCCGCCGUUGCUUGCACGCGGCAAUUGCUCAGCUCAGCUGUGAAUUAUAUUAAGUUAUUUUCCAAUUCCAAUUCCAAUUCCGUUUUCAACUUAUUCACAACUGUUGCAACUCUUGACUAUGCUUUUUGCAAUAACAAAAGAAUAACCAAGUAAAAGAAUACAAAGUAUAACGGAGCAUUCAAGAAAACCAAUCUGAAACAGUGCCUCAAGUGUUUGUGCUUACAGUUAUUUUAGCAAAAACUUUCCAUCGCCUAGAAAAACAACAACAAGAAGAACCAGAAAAAGACAGCAACGAGCGGAUUACUAAAGCUUCCAAGAAACGCAUUCUUUGAUAUUAACGUCAAAAUGUCAGGCAACUAAUCAACUAAAAAGGACGUCAAGGAUAUAUUUGUAUAUGAAAUAGAGAAUUACCAAUUGCAUGCAAUACGUAAACAACAACACAGGCAAGGAAUUUAUUGUCCGAACCAAGUUAGUUCCACGCCAAUUGAAGGAACGAUUCAACUGACAAUUAAAAAAAGAAAAAAAAAAAGAAAAAUACAAAAAAAACCCCAAAAACGGCUUCCAAAUGAAGAUGGCAUCUCAACGGUUUUGUUUGCGCUGGAACAAUCAUCAGAGCAAUCUGUUAUCUGUCUUUGAUCAGCUGCUGCACGCGGAAACCUUUACAGAUGUGACGCUGGCCGUCGAAGGACAAUACCUGAAGGCGCACAAGAUGGUGCUAUCCGCCUGCAGUCCAUAUUUCAAUGCACUGUUUGUCAAUCAUCCGGAAAAGCAUCCGAUUGUCAUAUUGAAGGAUGUGCCCUAUUCGGACAUGAAAUCGCUAUUGGACUUCAUGUAUCGCGGCGAGGUGUCUGUCGAUCAGGAGCGACUCACCGCCUUUCUGCGCGUCGCCGAGAGUCUCCGCAUCAAGGGCCUGACCGAGGUCAACGAUGACAAGCCCACAUCAGCAGAAAGCGCCCCAGCGCCGCCCCAAUUGCAACGCAUACAGCCGUACCUGGUGCCGCAGCAGCGCAAACAGCCAAAUGUGCUGUCUGCCAAUGUCGCAGCGGCCGCUCUUCAAGCAGCUGCCACGCAGCAGCAGCAUCAACAGCACCAGCAGCAGCAGCAGCAGCCGUCGCUGCUCAGCACCGCCCUGAUGCCCAAACGUAAACGGGGCAGACCCCGCAAGCUCUCCGGCAGCUCCAAUGGCACCGGCAACGAUUACGACGAGUUUGAGCGCGAGGGCCUCAUGAAUGACUCGGAUAUGGGCAAUGGCAAGCUGUGCAAUGAGUCGUAUUCCGGCAACGAUGAUGGCUCCGAUGACAAUCAGCAAGAAUCUGCGCACAAUGACGAUCUGAAUGAAAGCCGCGACUCGCUGCCCACAAAGAGAUCAAAGAGCGGGAAAGAGCAGCGCAUGGCACAACAAGACGACAACAGCACUUCCGCACAAACCGCCACACCCGAGCUCUCGCAGCGACUUUUCGGCACGUCCACGCAUAUCUCGCCUGGCACAGCGACAACAACAACAACAACAACCACAGCAACAACAACAGCAACAGAGUCGCCAAACGGACGCGAAUCCAGUGGCGACAGUGGCGCUGCCGCCUCACUGCAUCUGCCCACCAUAUUGGGCCUGAAGAUACGCGCGAUAAAUGCAAGCAAUCAGCCGGCGGGAGGGCAGCACAACAACAACUCGCUGCUCAAGCAGCAGCUGCGCGGUGGGGCCAAGGAUCCGGAAAUGGUGCCGCUGGCGGUGCCAACGCCGUUGCCGUUGUCGGCGGAUGAUGCCAUGGAGAUGCAGCAGCAGCAGCAGCAGCAGCAGGAGAGCAGCUGCAGCGCGUUGCAGUCGCUGGCCAAUGCGGCGGAGCGGCAGGCGCAGCAGACGCCCGGCAGCAACAACAACAACAGCGGCAACAACAACGACAAUCACAAUGCCAGCCUGCAGCAACAGCUGCUGCUGCACAUGGCCGCCACAGGGAAUCCGCUGCUCAAGGCGGACUAUUACCAGGCACAACAGCAGCAGGCGCCAGCGCCGCCGCCGCAUGCUUCGCCGCCAGCCGAAGCACACUAUGUGGAUGAGGAGCUGGAGCUGCUGUGCGUGGUCGAUAACAAUCCGGACAAAUGCGAUGAAACCGAUCAUGAGCUGCUCACGCUGGCGGAUGAGAAUGCCGGACUGCCGGGCUUUGAGGAGCCGCCGCUGACCAACAAUGAGAACUCCGCCGCAGCGAGGGCUGCCACUGCGCCUGCCACGCCCAAACGACCCAUACAGCGACGACGUGUGCGACGCAAAGCGCAGUCCACGCUGGACGACCAGGCGGAGCAUCUGACCGAGAUGUCGGUGCGCGGACUGGAUCUGUUUCGUUAUGCGAGCGUUGUCGAGGGCGUCUAUCGGUGCACCGAAUGCGCCAAGGAGAACAUGCAGAAGACCUUCAAGAACAAGUACAGCUUCCAGCGGCACGCGUUUCUCUAUCACGAGGGCAAGCAUCGCAAGGUGUUUCCCUGUCCGGUGUGCUGCAAGGAAUUCUCGCGGCCGGACAAAAUGAAGAAUCAUCUGAAGAUGACGCAUGAGAAUUUUACGUCGCCCAAAGAUAUCGGCGCCUUCAGCCCGCUCAAGUAUUUGAUCUCCGCGGCGGCAGCGGGCGAUAUGCACACAAAUCUCUAUCAGCAGCAGCAACAGCAGCAGCAGGAACACUUACAACAGCAGCUGGAGCAGCAGCAGCAACUGGAGCAGCAGGAGCAGAUGCAGCGCCAGCUGGAAGAGCACCAUCAGCAGCAGCAGCAACAGUCGCCCUAUGACUGUCAGGACAACGCUCUGCUGCUGCCGGAUGUUGUCAAGCUGGAACAGGAGCCAGAGCAGGACCAGGAUAUGGAGCCAACGCCAGCCACGCCCACAGCGGCUGCAGCGGCCAUGCUCAGUUUGCAGCAUGAUGUCAUCAUCAAAAACGAGAUACAAAUCUCGCCAUCGCCAUCCCCAUCACCGCCGGCCAUGUACUCGGUGUCGGAGGGCAAGAGCCUGCCGCCAGCGCAAACCGCAACGUAAAGACUUAAGCCUAGGAUCAACUGAGAGACACAGUGUGAGUGAGGAAGACAGAGAGAGAGAGAGAGAGAGAGAGAGAGAAAGAGAGCGUGCCUUAAACAAAACAAACAACUGUAAAAUACUAAUCUACUUAAUGCUAAGCACUUGUCAGAGCCAUGGGCGUAGGCAGAGUGUGUGCAAAAGGGGUAAGCAGUGUAAGGCAAAUGACUGCAGUUAAUUUAAAAAACGAAUAACUCCUUAAAUACAAAACACAUUUCAUGAAAAAAUUUGAUAUUAUAUAAUAAAUAUAUUAACGCCCAACCCCUCUGCAAUCAUAUUUUGCUUACGCCCUUGGCCAGAACUUGAAACACUCAAAACGCAUAAUAGUUAAUACUAAUCCUUAAGGCUCUUUAGUGCGCAUCAUUUAGCAAAAUUCGUUAGUUAAGCGAAAUAUUUACAGUUAGAGCAAUAAGUUCAACAAGAUUCCGUCCAUAAAGCCUUACGUUUAGUUCUAUAGAUAUUAUGUACUUAUAAAUAUUUAGUGUUAAGUCAAAUGCAACUGAUUAACUAGUAGGAAAUUUCUUUAUCCCACUGCCUUAAUGGUUAUAAUUUUUGGAUUUAACUUAUGUUUAAAUUAAUAAUUGACAUUUUUGUGUGUGACUCGUUGCAAUUAGGUACUCGUCGAAAUGGCAGCAACGAGUAAAAUGUGCUCGUUACUUUGCCACACGUUCAUGCAACAGACAUGUGCUUUUGAAACUAACGAGUAGGCGCCGUCCAAUUAAAUUUACCCGCUACUUUCUACUCGUUACUUUAUUUUUUGUUUGUUUAUUUCUUAUGUGAUUUUGUUAAACUGUAUUUUGUUUUUAGUCUAUCGUUUUGUUGUAUAUAGUAUUACGUUCAAUACUCAAAGACCGUAGAAUAAUUGGUGUGUUUCAUUGGUAAAACAAGAAACCGGAAAUCCAAUGAAUUGGCUAUUUGUGCAAUUAUCAAAAAAAAAAAAAAAUGAAAAGAAAGUGAAACAUUUAUAACUACGUGACGUUUGGCAAGCCCAACCCAUGGAAAUGUUGUAAACUUAAUUAACGACUACUUAAUUAUGCUCUAGCAGACUUUUUCUAGAUUUAUACACAUACUUUAUAUAUAUAUAUAUAGCAUAUUUAGUCUAGUUAUUUUAAAAAUAUAUAGUAAUUAAAGCAUUGUCGAAAUGCGCAAGGGACUUCCAGUGAAUAUUAACUGAUAUUUUUUACUUAAGCUCAACAAUGGAUACUACCAACUAGCUAUUACCCAAUAAUUGCCUAGUGUCCUACAUAUAUCCACCACGUAACGUACGCACAAAAAAAAAACAGUACUCAGCAUUUGUAUUAUGUAUUUUUUUUUUUUAUUUAAAUGUAUUUACUUAAAGCAAUCAUUACGACUUAAGCUGUCAAUGCGCUCAAUAAAUAGAUUCUAUACGAAGUA